AUGCUAAAUAAACAUGAAGAAAUUCAAAAGACAGUCCAAGAGGCCUUUUCUAGAAAACUUCAACAACUACCUACCUAUACUAAAGCAGUAGUCACUACACUUUAUUAUAUAUACCAAUUCGACCAACUACCUGAGAAGUACUUUGCAAACCUAGACCUUCUUCCAACUAACCUGGCCAAUCUUCAUCUAGCAGUAAGAGACCUAUUCCCAAGCACUGAUAGAAAAUGCCUUAGAGAAUUAGACAACUAUAAAAGAAAACUCAGCCAAUACUACGAGGUGAAAACAAUAUCACCAGACUACUUUGACCUACCACAACCCAAAGUUCGCCUAUCCUGGCAUACCAAGAUCUUAGUUAUAAAUAUAGAAGCUACUUCUCACUAG